GAAAACAUUCCACAGGCCACAAACAACAGCGUAAUCAACUCUAUGCGAAGGAGAUAUGUUGCGCUGCAUGAGGCAAAUGGUGGUCACACCAGAUACGGACGGGUUUUCUGAUCCACGCCCAUACCCUUUUUUAAAAGGGCAAGUCAAUCCUUUUGGAGUUCCAGUCUCUGCCCAUGCUGGGAAGUUCUACGACACGUCUCCCAGAGAUCACCUCUGCAGCAAGAGGAAAUAUGAUGUUCUAGAUUACACUUGCUGUGAGAAAGUACUACAUGAAGGGGUGGGGUUGUCCUGCUGUGGAAACAGGGCCUUCAACCUCAUCCAGGCUUCCUGUUGUAAAGGUCAGCUGACUCUUAAUGUGAGCCAGCUGGUGUCAGAUUGCUGUGGGUGUCAGGCCUAUGACCCACUCAACCAACUGUGCUGUGACUCUCAGAUCCUAACCAGGACCCAACCCUAUGCCACGUGUUGUGGAAAAGACCUUUAUGAUGAAGACCACCAGCUUUGCUGUGGAGUAGGCCAAGGAAGGAAGGUCCUGGCCAAAAUGUCCGGUCACCACCGGUGCUGUGGAGACCACCAGUUUGACCAGCGAAGCCACUGCUUUGAUUCUGGACUACUAACCCUAGAGCCUCUCAAUGCAAGCUGCUGUGCAUCAUCAGGGUCGAACAUUUUUCACCACAGGGCAAUAGCUCCAAAUCCUCCAAACUGUAUGCCUGGGGAGAAGCCUUAUGGUCUAGGUGCCUGUUUCAACCCAACAACAGAGUGUUGCUGUGUGAACCCUAGCUCUCACCAGGGUCAAAGCUACUCUCAUGACCAGGCCCGCUUUGAUGGAACACUCAGCCACACCCCAAGUGUCUACAAAGGUGUUAGCUGUGUCUGUUACAAUCCAGACAUCAACAUCUGCUGUGCCGGGAAGCUGUCCAGAAGGGUGUUUGGGAAAAACCUGUGCUGCGGUACAACUCCGUAUGGUAUAGAGGACCGAGGGGUGCUGUGCUGUAACCAGACCUUGCACCGUGCGGUGGAGGAUGGGUACCAGUGCUCCCCAGGUGGCCACUUGUAUCUGCCAUCCCGUGAGAUGGUGUGUGGCACAUAAGUUCAUCUGAACGAUCCAGGCAAACACUGCUGUGGGGAGGAGACAUACUACCCUCAGUAUGAAAUCUGCUGCAACGGACACAAGUGAGUAGCUCUGGAAGGCUGGAAAUUGUAGGAAGUUUAUCCCAAAGACGUGGGGUUAUCACUGUCCGCAAGAGCAGUUCAGAGUGCCUAAGGGCAGAACUAAGGCGCUAAGAACAGCUUUGAUCUCAUUGUCACUAACACCUUGUUUCAGCAGAAGAACAAAUAUAAAACGCUAUGGAUGCACCCACGCUCCAAACACUGGCACCGGAUCGACUACUGCAUAGUGAGACGUUCUGACACUAUUGACGUCCUGCUGACACGUGCCAUGAGGCGUGCAGAAUGCUGGACAGAUCACCGUAUGAUACUGGCUUAACUCCAGGUGAAAAUAUGCGCCUGCAGAAGUACCUUUAAGAGGCAUCUGCACUGUACCCAGCUUGUGAAAGUUCCGUAGCUCUCUCUCUGAAAUUCUGAGGGAGACUGAGCCUCUUCUGAGUGCAGAGGCCCACUCCACUGGCUACAGAGGUAGGAAACAUCAAGACUGAUUUGAUGAGAACUCGGACGCCAUCGCAACAUUACUGGACAAUAUCCACAAAGCGCACAGGGCUCCUCUCAACAGCCCCACAUCUGCUACCCUCUGCCAGCAAUGGUGUGCAUCACACAAGGCCGUGCAAACAACCUUGCAUGCUCUGCAGAACGAAUGGUGGACGAAUAAGGCACAGGAAAUACACAUUUAUGCAGACAAAAACUACAUGCAAUUCAGCUAAAGCUACCCCUGGCUCUAGAAGUCGCUCCAUCACCACCCUGAAAACAGCUGAUGGUCUCUCUCUUGAAGGACCAAAACCAGAUCCUGAUCAGGUGGGCUGACCACUUUGAAGCACUACUCAAUCAGCGCUCUCCUACAGACCACUCCAUCCUGGAAGAACUGCCUGUCCGUCUACCCAUUCAAGACCAUAACCAUCCACCAACCUUCCAAAAGGUGUUAUCAGCUCUCCGUUCCCUCAAAAACAAUAAGACUCCUGGUGCCUACAGCAUCCCGGCAGAGCUACUUAAGAAGGGAGGUUACUUCUGCACCAGAAGGUUUGGGACCGGUAGAUUGUCCCCCAACAGUGGCGGCCUGCAAACAUUGUCACCAUAUAUAAGAACAAGGGUGACAAGUCCAUCUGCGGCAACAGCCAGGGAUAUCCCUUCUGGCUGUUGCCUGCAAGGUCCUGGCCAAGGUGAUGCUGCCAGAGUCACAAUGCGGCUUCAGAAAGAAGAGGAGUACGUCUACAUGAUAUUCACGGCACGGCAACUCCAGGAGAAGUGACGUGAACAACAACAGGACCUUUUCAUGGCCUUUGUCAACCUCUCCAAGGCCUUUGACACUGUAAGCAGGGAACUACUACUCUACUCAAAUUUACAGCUGUAACGCCUGGGUCACUUACAGUCGCCACAACAAGCAGCUCGAGCGAUACCACAUAAGAUGCCUGCAGCAAUCCUAUGAAUCACCUGGUGCAACCGUGUGGCGCAUACAGAAAUACUUGCUAAGACCAACUGCAAGAGUAUGGAGGCCAUGGUCACCCAACACCAACUGUGCUGGCUUGGGCAUGUCAUUAGAAUGUCUCAGGAGUGCCUGCCAUGGAAGAUCCUGUAUGGCCAGCUACAUAUUGGCCGGCGUUCUGCAGGGGGGCAGAUGAAGCGCUACAAGGACCAGCUGAAAACGUCGCUGAAGAAGUGCAACAUCGAACCCACAGACCUGGUUCCAGACCGUUCCACCUGGCGGCAGCUCUGCCAGAGAGGAGCACAAAGAAGACAGCAAAAACUGCUCAGGAGACGUGCAACCAUGCCUGCCCCCUCCAACACGGACUGCAUAGGCCCCACUUGCAAUAAAGUUUGUCUAUCUCAGAUUGGACUCUACAGUCACCAAAUAAUUCACCGUUAACUCGGAAGUGGAAGUCAUCAUCAGAUACGAUGGACUAACGUUCCGCGUUUGUACUAUAAUUAACUGCAGAAACGAUUUCCCCACCCACUGUGUGAGACUGGGUGUGCAUCUUUGUGUGCGAGAGACAUUGAUGGAUUUAAUUGUGAUUCAAAAGAACAUUCCCACUGUUCCACUCCCUCAGGAUGUGGAACAAUUCUGUUGGCGGCCAAAUGGAUGCGCCAUGUCAUACAGACUACUGUAUGUUAGCCUCCCAGACAUGGUUCAACAGGGCGUCUACUGCUGCAGCCAAAAGGUCCCCAACUGUUCUGCACUUCACUUCCCUUGUUCCAGUCAGAGGCGUUCAGACAGUUAGACAGCCAGACAUCUCUUAAGACAUGUUGUGUCUGCUUUUUGGUCUCUAAGAAAGAGGUCCGACAAUGGGUAGUUGUUUUUUGUACUUCGCCCUGUUGUGUGACUUGUGCUUGACCUUGGUGUCUGACUCUUGACCUUGGUGGUUGACUCUUGUUUGACAUUUGAGGAAUGUUACUAAUGUAUGUUCCAAGUAAAUGUUGUUAAUUAUUGACUGAAGUGUUUAUUUGGAAUACAGAAAAGUGUA